UUAACUGAAUAUUAUAAUAACAAGACUGUUUUCUGUACUGGCUGUACAGGAUUUUUAGGAAAGGUUGUUGUUGAAAAGUUUUUGAGAUGUCUUCCAAAUAUUAGGAAAUUAUACUUGUUAGUACGUGAAAAAAAGGAUAGAAAGACUGGAAAAGUAAUUCCACCAGAAGAAAGAUUGAUUACAGAAAUUUUGAGAUCACCCAUUAUGGAUAGAAUAAUAAGGGAAAGAUUUAAUGGAAAACGUGAAGAUUUUGAAGUAUUUGCAAGAGAGAAAGUUGAAGGAGUAUUUGGAGAUGUUACAGAAGAAAAUAUCUUUGUAGGAUCUACCUUAGAUAAGAUUGAACAAUUGAAAAAAGAAAUUCAAGUUAUUAUUCACAGUGCUGCAACUAUCGGAUUUACGGAAAGAUUGGACUAUGCCAUUAAUUUGAAUGCUUAUGGUCCUUUGAGAUGUUUGAACUUUGCUAAACAAUGUCACAAUAUUGAAGCAUUUACUCACAUCUCAACUGCCUAUACAAACUCAAAUAUGAAAUCAGGAAGUAGAGUUGAUGAAAAAUUCUAUCCUCUUAAAUUACCAGGUGGUGAAGAUAUUGAAGCAUUUUGUGAAAGAAUUAGAAAAUUAUCACCAAAAGAAAUUGAAAAGGCAACUGUAAAGGCAUUGGCCUUUACAGGUUAUCCAAAUACCUAUACCAUCACUAAGAGAAUUGGUGAAGCACUUGUUGCCAAAUAUAAGGGAGAUGUCAAUGUUGCAAUUUUGAGACCAACCAUUGUGGGUGCUGCAUUGAGAGAUCCUGUUCCUGGUUGGAUUGAUGCUGUAUCUGCAGGUGGUUCUGUUUACUUGUUUAGUGGUCUUGGUAUUAUUCACUUGCUUCCUGGUAACACUAAGGUUGUAUCAGAUCAAGUUCCAGUUGAUUUUGUUUCCAAUGCCAUGAUUAUUUGUCCAGCUGAUAUUGCAACAAGAAAAUCAAGUUUGAGAGUUUACCAUUGUGGUACUUCCACAUCUAAUCCAGGCAGAUGGCAAGAUACUGUCACAGGAACACUCAGAUAUUGGCACACUCACCAACCUGAUAAGAGUGUUUCAAGAGCUGAAUUUAAUAUGAUUACAAAUAGAUUCUUCUACAAGACACAAUACUUGAUGAGAUACACUUGGAUGAUUCAAUUAUAUGGGUUGAUUGCCACUAUUUUUGGAAGCAAGGCUGCAGUUAAAGCUGUAGAAGGAUUUAAAAAGAUGGCCUCCCGUCAAUCCAAUCUCUCCUCAAAUUUCCAUCACUUUACCCUCAAUGAAUGGUUCUUUGAUGUUGCCAAUUUGGAUUCUGCUUUCCACAGAUUACCAGAAAAUGAAAAGGACUUGUUUACUCUUGAUUGGAGUCUUAUUAAUUGGUCCACCUAUUUCCAAUAUUUCUGUUAUGGUCUCCACAAGUUUGUUUUAAAGGAAAAUCCUGAACCACCAACCACCACUGACUUGAUCAAGUCCAAUGAGUAUAAUUUCAUUAACAAUCUCUAUAAUGAUGUAGAAUUGGCAUUUACAGCUGCAGGCCGUUUCACUGAUGGUCAAACCCGAGAACAAGUCAAACAAACAGUUUUACAAUCAAAAAUUGUACAAGAUGCCAUAUUAUCUGAAGCUGAAACUCUCAACAUUUCUGUUAUGAAUGUUGAAAAGAGAGCUCUCCAAAUUAUGGACCAAAUGUUUGCUGACCCAAAUAAUAAUGCAAUUAGAGCAUUUGGUUGGAUUUUAAGAAAGAUUUGGCGUAGAAUGUAUCAAUCUAUUAUGGUCGACACAAAUGAAAUUGAAAAAUUGAAAGAAAUUUCUAAAAAGGCAGAAUCAGGAACUCUUGUAUUCAUUCCAACUCACAGAAGUUAUAUUGAUUUCUUAAUUGUUUCCUAUGUUUUCUUUGUAUAUGGUGUUCCAGUUCCACACAUUGCUGCUGGAGAAGACUUUUUAAACAUGUUUUUAGUUCGUGAUUUAUUCAGAUACUCGGGUGCUUUCUUUAUGAGAAGAUCUUUCGGUUCUGACAAGGUAUAUAAGGCCAUCUUUUCUGAAUAUGUUCAACGUUUACUCGUUGAUGGUAAUCCUGUUGAAUUCUUUGUUGAAGGUACUCGUUCAAGAGGUGGCAAAACUCUCAGACCGAAACUUGGACUUUUGAAAACCAUUGCUGAUACUUAUUUAGACAAGCGUGUCGAUAACCUCACACUUGUACCUAUUCAUAUUGGUUAUGAAAAGGUUAUUGAAAGUGAAUCACAUACUAGAGAAUUGUUAGGAGGAAAUAAGAAGGGAGAAUCUCUCUCUGCUCUCAUCUCUGCAAGUUCUGUCUUGUUGAGAAAGUAUGGCGACAUUCAUGUCAAAAUUGCUGAACCAAUUUCAUUGAAGGACUAUGUUGAAAAUAUGAAAUCAGAAUCUCCUUCAUUCGAUCCAUUCGGUCAAGAUGAUGACAAGAAUACCCUUGUUAAAAAUCUUGGUACCAAGAUUACCUAUGAUUUGAAUCAAUCUGUCGUCAUUAUGCCUAUUGCUCUCGUUUCUACAAUUUUAUUAACCUAUAGAGAAGGUAUUAGUAUGGAAGAAUUACAAAGCAAGACCGAUUGGUUAAAGAAUCAAAUUAUUUCAAGAGGAGGAAAUGUUUACUGGUCCAAGACACAAACUACAGCAUCAGUAGUGAACAGAGCUCUUGGAUUGAUCAAUAAUAUUAUCAAGAAGAAUAAGAACAUGUUAGAACCAGCUAUUGAAGUCAAGUCAGACUAUAAGAAGAUUUUGGAACUCAGCUAUUAUAGAAAUCAAAUUAUUCACCUAUUCUUUGUUGAAAGUAUUGUCUCAUGCUCAUUCUACUCAUUCAGAGAAAAAUUAAUGAUUGACCAAGGCGUUCCUCUUUCUGAAUUGUUAAAGAGAUGUGAAUUUUUGAAUGAGCUUCUCUCUCUUGAAUUCAUUUAUAAGGAAAGACCUGAGGAACAUGAUGACUUCAUGAGCGUCAUUAAUGCCAUGUCAAAGAGAGGUAUUUUCCAACUCAAAGAUGAAAAGGUAUUCAUUCCAGUCUUGUAUUUGGAAAAUCUCAAAUUUAUUUGCUCAUUAUUGUGGCCUUUCAUUGAAGCCUAUUGGGGAGCUUCCAUGGCACUUAUUUCAUUGCCAUUCUCAGGUAAUGAACAAGAAAUUCCAACACUUAGAAAGAAGGCUCUUGUUGAAAGAAUGCAAUGGUUUAUUGAAAAACUCUACUUUGAUCAAAAAGUUCAUUUCUAUGAAGCAUGUUCAUCUGAGACUCUUUCCAACACUGUUGCUAUUUUUGACAAGAUGGGUAUUCUCCAAACAACUGUCAAGGUCGAAAAAUCAACUUCAAAGAAGGGAGCAAAGGAUGCACCAAAAUCUGAGUCUGUUGUUUCCCUCUUACCACCAUAUAAUGAAAUUGAUAAGUUGUUCGAGUUUGUUGGUGAAUUGCAACAAUAUAGAAAGACA